AGAUUUGAAGUGAGUGAAGGACGUUUUGCCACAAUUGUGCAUACAAGAAUGCUUCGUUGACAGGUUUGGCGAGAAUCGUUCUGACUCGCGACGCUAAAUUGGCAAAGAUAUGUCUUCUCUUCUCUUGACCUCCCACUCUGUGUGUGGAUAAAGAUAACCUGCUGAGAUUGGUAAUUUGCGCAGAAGCGCGAGCCACGCCCACGACCCGCAAGUGUUUAUAAAUUCCCCAAUUUCACAUUUCGCUCUUCGAUUCUCAUUUGCCACACGACCCUCCCUUUGGGUGGCUUUGCUCUGCUCUCUCACCUUCUUAUCAAACUCCUCCUUCCCCCUCUUUCUCCAUGGAUCCUUACAAGUACCGCCCUUCAAGUGCUUUUGAUUCCCCAUUCUGGACCACAAACUCCGGUGCUCCUGUUUGGAACAACAACUCUUCUUUGACUGUUGGAUCUAGAGGCCCAAUUCUCCUUGAGGACUAUCAUCUGGUGGAGAAACUUGCCAACUUUGAUAGAGAACGAAUCCCAGAGCGUGUUGUCCAUGCUAGGGGAGCCAGUGCGAAGGGAUUCUUCGAGGUCACUCAUGAUAUUUCUCAGCUUACAUGUGCUGACUUCCUUCGAGCCCCCGGUGUUCAGACACCUGUCAUUGUGCGUUUCUCCACUGUUAUCCAUGAGCGUGGCAGCCCUGAAACCCUGAGGGAUCCUCGUGGUUUUGCAGUGAAGUUUUACACCAGAGAGGGUAAUUUUGACCUGGUUGGAAACAAUUUCCCUGUCUUUUUUGUUCGUGACGGAAUGAAAUUCCCGGACAUGGUCCAUGCUCUCAAACCGAACCCCAAGUCGCACAUUCAAGAGCCUUGGAGGAUCCUUGACUUCUUCUCCCACCACCCAGAAAGCCUGCACAUGUUCACCUUCCUAUUUGAUGAUCUGGGAGUUCCACAAGAUUACAGGCACAUGGAAGGCUCUGGUGUUAACACCUAUACCCUUAUCAAUAAGGCGGGGAAAGUACAGUAUGUGAAAUUUCAUUGGAAACCUACGUGUGGAGUCAAGUGUUUGUUGGAGGAUGAAGCUAUUAAGGUUGGAGGAGCUAAUCACAGCCAUGCUACCAAGGAUCUCUAUGAUUCCAUUGCAGCUGGCAACUACCCUGAGUGGAAACUUUAUAUUCAGACAAUUGAUCCCAAUCAUGAGGACAGAUUUGACUUUGAUCCACUUGAUGUAACUAAGACCUGGCCUGAAGAUAUUCUUCCUCUGCAGCCAGUUGGCCGUCUGGUUCUGAAUAAAAACAUUGAUAACUUCUUUGCAGAGAAUGAACAACUUGCAUUUUGCCCUGCCAUUGUUGUCCCUGGUGUCUACUAUUCAGAUGAUAAGUUGCUCCAAACUCGAAUCUUCUCCUAUUCUGAUACUCAGAGGCACCGUCUUGGCCCGAACUAUCUGCAGCUCCCAGUGAAUGCUCCCAAGUGUUCUCAUCAUAACAAUCAUCAUGAGGGAUUCAUGAAUUUCAUGCACAGGGAUGAGGAGGUUAAUUACUUCCCUUCAAGGUAUGAUCCUGUUCGUCAUGCUGAGCGCUUCCCCAUUCCUCCUAAUAUCCUUUCUGGAAAGCGUGAGAAGUGCAUCAUUGAGAAGGAGAACAACUUUAAGCAACCUGGAGAGAGAUACAGAUCUUGGGCGCCAGACAGGCAAGAGCGAUUCAUCCACCGAUGGGUGGAUGCCCUAUCAGACCCACGUGUCACCCAUGAGAUUCGCAGCGUUUGGAUCUCAUACUGGUCUCAGGCAGAUAAAUCUCUGGGUCAAAAGCUCGCAUCCCGUCUCAAUGUGAGGCCAAGCAUUUGAGGGUUAUGCCAAGUCAGAUGUUUGAGUUCCCAGCAGUGGGCAAGAAGACAUAGUAAAAGGACAAUAUGGGAGGAUGAAUCACAUGUUAAAUUGUUUAUCCUUUGAAAGUGUUAUACUAAAUUUCACAUGUAAUGUGACCUGUAGCUCCAAUGUAAUAAGUGCCGGUUGUACGUGCCGAUUUUCUUUUGUUUCUAUACAAGAUAUUAUGCAAUUGUACUUAUACUUGCAUAUUAAUGUCCUGUCGUAGUUCCUGGACUCGGAUUGUCAUUUGGGAUUAUGGUUUAAGUAUUAAUAUAAGUAUUAAUAUUAGAUUCUUAUCCAA